CAGGCGACAGGGACUGGGCGGAGCUCCAAGGUCGCACCGCCCCCUCUGUGCUCCCAGACUCCGCCCAGGCGGCGGCUUCUGUUCCAGGCCGGCAGGAGCGACCUCGCUCGGCACUCCCUGGCGCAGCCUGUAGAGGGCGCUGCGGACGACGCAUCGCCCGGCGUCUCGGUCACGUGUGAGCGAGGGCGGGGAGAGGAAGUGCACGCCGUCCCGGCAGCCCUUGCGCCUUCCUUUUCCGCCCUCUGCAGCCAAGAUGUCGAAGCGAGGACGUGGCGGUUCGUCCGGUGCAAAAUUCCGCAUCUCUCUUGGUCUCCCCGUUGGAGCUGUUAUCAACUGUGCAGAUAACACAGGGGCCAAGAAUCUAUACAUAAUCUCUGUCAAAGGGAUUAAGGGGCGCCUGAACAGGCUGCCAGCUGCUGGCGUGGGUGAUAUGGUGAUGGCCACUGUCAAGAAAGGCAAGCCAGAACUCCGGAAAAAGGUCCAUCCAGCUGUGGUGAUCCGACAACGGAAAUCAUAUAGGAGGAAAGAUGGGGUGUUCUUAUAUUUUGAAGACAAUGCGGGAGUGAUAGUCAACAACAAAGGAGAAAUGAAAGGUUCUGCUAUCACGGGCCCUGUUGCCAAGGAAUGUGCAGAUCUGUGGCCCAGGAUUGCCUCCAAUGCUGGCAGCAUUGCAUGAAGUCAUCGUGUGCUCUUUGUAAAAAUUCAAUAAAAGUGGUUGUACCAAA